AUGGGGCCUGUGAGGGGAUUACAGCCGGAUGCGUUGGUUUCAGAACUCAUAGACGAGGAUCUUUGCUGCUGGAAACAAUCACUUCUAAAUGAGUGUUUUGAUCAUUAUGAAGGGAGACAAAUUGGUGGAAUACCGUUGCCUAGGAAUGGAGAUAGAGAUAAAAUGAUUUGGCAUUGGGAGAAAGACGGGAAUUACUCUGUACGCACAGCUUACCAUUUGCUGGUAUCUAAGAGGGACGCUGCAAAGGUAGGAACCUCUGGCACUGCGGAUGAGUCACUUUGGAAACUUCUGUGGAAAGCACCAGUCCAUGUCAGGAUCAAAAACUUCCUAUGGAGACUAUGUCAUAACAUUCUGCCGCUUAGAACGAACCUCCUCAAAAAAGGUAUACACAUUGACCCUUCCUGCCCGUUUUGUGAUAGAUCCCCGGAGACCCUUGAUCAUUUAUUCUGCCACUGUGAUGUAACAAAAAUGAUUUGGUUCUCCUCCCCCCUUGGCUUGCGUCUCGAUCCUACCGCUGAUCCGCUCAUGGUGCUUACUAAAGGAUUAUCGGACAGGAACUUGUUUGUCAACCAACUGAUGUGCACCAUGCUUUGGCAAAUCUGGAAGGCUAGGAACAAAUGUGUCUUUGAAGGUGUCACGGUUUCCCCCCCGAAAGUGGUAAGCGACUCUGUUAACUAUCUGGCUGAAUUUAAUUGUUUUAUUCCCCAAGACAGGCGCUUGCAACAGACUGAGAAUGCAGCACCCAGAGAAUGUCCUGAUGAUGUUUUCCUGGUGCAAGUGGAUGCUGGCUGUUUCAACGACGGGACGGUGGCCAUGGGUUGUGUGAUCAAGAAACAUAAUGAUGAGGUGAUAGUUGCUGCCUCUAAGAGGAUGGAGGUGUCGGUGAGCCCAAGCACUGCGGAGGCGAUGGCUAUUCGUUGGGGCCUCCAAGUGGCCCGUGACCUAAAGCUGCAGAAAAUUGUGGUACAGUCAGAUGCCUUGGUAGUGGUGGAUUGUGUUAACAAAAUGGAUUUCUCGGUUGUUCUUGAGCCGAUAGUGUUAGACUGUAGUGAGAUUAAACUUUAUUUUGAUGUUGUAACUGUUAUGUAUGUGUCUAGGAAUUUCAAUACUGAUGCACACCAUAUGGUGAGUAUUGGCAAAACUGCUGGUUGUAGAACUUGGCUGGGCUUUAUCCCCAAGCUUGACUCUGUUUGUACUCAUUUGCCUAUGAUGGGCUCUUAA